UCCGGCUAUCCGAUGCUACUAAAAUUAGGGUUUCGCAACCUCAUAUAAAUACAACCGCGGUACCCGCAAUUGCGCCACCCCCGUUUCUUCUAGAGGAUUCGUGCACAGCGAAACGCCGUCGAUAGUGAGAGACGUAGCCGGCUGAGCCGACAUGAGGGCGAAGUGGAAGAAGAAGCGGAUGAGGAGAUUGAAGAGGAAGCGCAGAAAGAUGAGACAGAGGUCUAAGUAGAGAAUGGACAAGCUCUUUUGCAAGAACCACAUUCCUUUUAAUGAUUGAGGGGAAGUUUUGUUAAAGGGCUCUGUCUAAUGUCCUGAUUUGAUCCCUAUUUGGGAUGCUAGUUAAUUAUUUUUUUGACUCUUCCAAAGGACAGCUUUAGCUUCACUGUUCCAGUUAUCUUUUUUUCAUGCUAAUUAAUAGAGUGUCGUAUGGAGACGUUGAGGACGACGAUCUGAGAUAAUGCCUCCUCUCUCAUUUCUGUUUUUUGCUGUAGUUUAACUUGAUAAGUGAUUGCAACCAAACAAGAUAAUUGCAUUUAUGCUGCUUCUAUUGACCCUCAAUAACUUUGAGGAUGGAUUUGGAUGAAUGGUUUGGAGGGGAUUUAAAAUGAUUUCAACUAAAAAAAAUGUGAAAUUUUGAAUUUAGUAUUAGGGAUCUGAAUAUGAUCAAUUUGAACACAAUAGAGUGGCACAAGUGUUGAUGGUAACCAAGUUUAAAGGUAUAAAACACCUGUUGCAACGUGGCCUAUCUACCUUGAAUAUGAAUGUGCUGUUCCCACCUUAACUUGAUCCAACAGUCCACGUGUUGCUGGAGAACAAGACACUCGUCACUCGCGUAGAGACGGUAUAAGUGCCACGUUAGAACAUGGUGAAGCUCCCCUACAUAAACACAGCCGAUGCACAGCAUAGUGAAUAUAUUCGUCAAAGAGAAAGGUUAGAUAUGGCGCAGAGCAAGGACGACGUAAAAUACGCAACAGCACAAGCGAAGGUGUCGGAAGAUGAAGCUGUGAGAGUGAGGUACAAGGGGGGAACCCCACUUGAAGGAGGGAAGAUCGCGGAUUCAGAGGCGGUGGACCUUUUCUCCGGCGCUCGUAACAUUUCAAGGCAACAAGGAGAAGAGGGGAAGAUGAUCGCUGAGUCUGAACCGGUGGAUGUUUUCUCUGGCGCUCGCAAUAUAGAGAAGCAGAGCAAAGAGGAAUGAUGCCUUGUAUUGUAAUAUGUCCGAAAAGAUGUUUCUUUUUCAUAAUUUCUUUUAGGAGGCAUGUUUCCGCACGAAUGGAAUGGAAUAAUUCGGAGAUUAGAAGUUUAAGACACUCCGUAAUAAAGAAUAAAUUUUACGAUCGAUUAUUCGUAAGA